UUUGAAGCGAAGUGCAGUGUUUAUUUUACUAACUUAAAACAGUGUGUGUCUUCAUGAAACGCGUUUUGGUUUUGAUAACACUCAUAUUUCAUAACAAUACUCCAACUAAGAGAAAUGUCAUAACUUUUCAAUCAGAUGAGAGCCUACAAUAUCGAUUGAAAAUGGCAUUUUCUAUAAAUUUAUUUAAUGAAAGUUCAGAUUUUGUGAAGGACUAUUCCUGUGAUGCUUGCGAAAGUAAAAAUUUCGAAACAUGUGCUGAUUUUUUUGUGGAACAUGUUGGAAGUGUUUUUGUCAAAAAUGCCUUUAUCACCAUGAUCAAAUGUUUGUAAACCAUUAAACGUAUGGAAGAGGAGAGACACAUAAAUGGCCGUUAAUAAAGAAAAUGGAGGAUUUGCUACUGAAAUGUGAUGUGCACAAAGACGAGAAACUGAAAAUGUUUUGCCAGGACCACAGCCAGUUGUGUUGUUCUGAUUGUGUUAUUAUGAAUCACAGACAGUGUACCAAUUUGGCUCUAAUUUCUGAAUCAGACAAAAAGCUGUCAGUGGAUAUGAAAAAGUUGUCAAACAAAAUUUAAACUAUUAUGGCUGAACUAAGGAAAUUUAAGAGAACGCAAGAGGUCUGCAUAAAUUUCGUGGAGGAAUCAUAUAGCGAAAAACUGCAAGAAAUCAGAGAGCUGCGUACGAAAUUGAAUGCUGAUUUAGAUGAUCUAGAAGCUACAACUUUGAUAGAACUAGAUGAAAUAAGGACCACCUUGCAAACCCCUCUCAGGAAAGAUAUCGACAACUGCAGUCGACUGAAGGAUGAACUGCAAAACCUCAGUGAAGCUGUACAUGGCCUUGGUGAUAAGAGCCAGAUAUACAUCGAGUUCAUAGCCAGCAGAAAAUGCUUGGACAAGAUACAUGAGUCUGAGUCAUAUCUGAAGGAAAUCACAAUCAAGAUCCAGAGUCCAAUAAUUUUCAAGGGAAACAUUGAAAUUGAGCAGUACCUGUCUAAACAGUAUAGUCUAAUUAGUAUUGCACACAGUGUGCAGUCCCUCCCACUCAAGAUGGAUCCGGAUCAUGUUUUAAAUGUGGAGACAAAAUCCGCGUAUAAUGUGAACAUAUCAGGUGACACAAGUCGGACUUGCUUCGUCAUGGGCAUGUGCAGCCUUCCUAGUGGUAAGGUCAUUGUUGCAGAUUAUAAUAACAAAAGCGUGAAAUUGUUGGAAGAGCAUUUCAAUGUGUCCAGUAACUGUAUGUUAAAUAGUCCUCCAUUGGACAUUUGCCAUAUCAAUUCUAGUGAUGUGGCUGUGACUCUUGGUCGUUCAGGUGUGCAGUUUGUGUAUGUGCGCAAUGGGCAGCUUGUUAAACGGAGGACGUUACAGGUGCCACAUGCUGCUGGCAUUGCCCACCAUCAGGGAGCAUUGUACAUCACCUCUGGCACUGCUCUCUACCACUACACACUGACUGGGUCACUUGUGAAAAAGCUUUAUGAGGAUACAGGAAGUAGUGGUAAAGUGUUCAGAUGUGCGGUGAGUCCUGCUGGUGAUCGUAUAUAUGUCACCAACUACGACCAGCACAAGCUCCGCAUACUUACCACAGAUGGCAGCCUGAUAUCAACCUUUACUGACCCUGAGCUACAAAAUCCAUUUGAUGUACACAUCUCACCUGCAUUUCAGGUCACAGUCUGUGGCUACAGCUCCCAUACUGUAUUACAGGUGGAUCCUGAGGGGAGAAAGAAACUGGCAACUCUGGCUUCACAGAAAGGUGGAGUAAGCAAGCCAGUGUGUGUCUGCUGCAAUAACAACAUGCACCAGAUCAUUGUGGGACUAUUUGACAGCAAUAACAUUAUUGUUAUGAAAUUGAAAUAGCUCCUUCAAUGUAAAUAAAAUAUGGAUACAAACAAGAUCAUAGAUGUAAAUGCUAUUUUUUGCUUAAAAUGGCACAUUUAAUCCUUGUUUUUCAUAAGGUCAGGAAAUGAGCAUAUUCUUCCAUUUUUUGUUGUAUUUAUUAAAAAUAACUUCAUAUUUUAAAAAAUAUUAGUUGUUUUAACACAUAUAUGAUUGUACCAUUUCAAACAAGCACACAUAUUUUUCUUUCUAUGUUUAUGCUGAUUAGUUUUUUGCAUGACUUUAUGUCAGCUGUUCUAAUAAUAAAUGUAUUGCUAUAUGUUUAAUAAUAAUUAUUUAUUUAGAUGUAUAUUUGUUGUAUUAUUUAUAUUUUAUGAUGUAUAUGUUCAAUAGGUUUUAUAAUCUUAAAGUGAUAUUAUGGCAUAUUUCACUGUUGAAUUGAGCUGAAAAGAAUUAACAGGUCAAAAUAAUUAGUUAAAAUGUGGUUACUGACCAAUUAUCUGCAACUCAUCUUGCUACCAGUUGUUUAUUAAAAAUAUAUUUUAUAUAUGAUAUUUUACGUGACUCACCCAGUCCUCUAAGCCGAAUGAUCCGUAAAAUAAAAUUUAAUUGUGUCUGUGGUCGUAUGAACGAAUCUGCACUAAAACUAAAUUUAGGUUCACAUCGUACAUGUAUGAUCAGUUGUCAUACGAAAGUACGGUUUAUAUUCAAAUCCAUUAUUAUUCUCUUUCCGGGAUAUUGUUUUAGUAUGUUGAUGCUGCAUUAACAAAGUGUAUAUGAAGUGAAAACACCAAAAAUUUACAAUCGUCGCGAUAGACACCUAUUAACUGUUAGAUGCCCAUAAUAUCACUUUAAGCAAGUAUUAAAAGAAAAAAUGUUUUGUCAUAAAUGUUUUUAUUUAAAUAUAACUUAUAUACUAUGACUUGGAUUGUGUAUGUAUUUUGUAUAUUUUCUUUCAGUUAUAUAUGCAACGAUUUUGAACAAAUCUAUGGGGCCUUUCAAUUUCUUUAUAUAUUCUUUAUUUCUGUAUUAAUUUCUGUUUCUAUAUUUUAAGCUCAUGUGUUUGUCUUUGCUGAAAUGAGAUUUUAAUCUCUUUUAUAUGUUUUAAACCGAUACCAAUGUAUAUAUCUGUAAUACAUGGUAGAAAGUUGCAAAUUUACAAAUUAUUUCGAAAACUUACAGAUUUGUCAACUCUUAAUACCUCUACAUAUCUUUUUGGGGAGUCCGUUUUGCUGUUGAAUUUGUUUAUAUAAUAAAUCAAACUAUAUGCU